GGUCUUGUUUUACUCGAAUACUAACAAUGAUGCGUCAGGCUGUUCUGGUUGAGGCUCGCUUGCACAAAAACUAGCGAAAGCAACGGCGACAGACGCACCCCAACAGACUUCCUACGGGCCAGUAGUGAUCGUUUACCUAUCCGUCGGGCCUUUGGUAGGCGUCAUACCUGGCAGCGUAAAAAAGGGGUUCCGCGCAAUGAUGUUGGAGGCAAGUCGCGGCGCGUCUCGUUCCAGGUCACGAAGUCGGCGCCGGAAGAAGGAUAAAAAAGAGUCUUAUGUUGCAAGGGAGUGUUGUUGAAUGGACUCAAGGAAGACGCGAGUAGAAAUCAGCUAGGAGGGUGAAUGGGCGUCGUGUCAAUUAUUUGUUAAACUCUUUUUAACGGAGAUAAGUGCAUGAUCGCUGCGAGGAUCAUCAUAGUACUCGGACUAUUUAUCAUCCCUCCAUCUAUUCCCUGUCCUUACCAUUUUCCGAGGAAUCGUUCUGACUAUCUAUCUUUAGCCUAGAGAUUUGGUAUCUAUCGAUCUAAUUUUCUGAAAGGUUGGAAAUUGAAACGCUGGACAAGAUGCCGACUUGCGCCAGAAAGCACAAGGCAGUUGAAGUGCUAAGAGAGGAGAGCAACAAGCUUCUGUUCAUGGGGCUGAAGAUAGCAAGGAUUCGGCACGAGCCUCUCAUUGUGUACACGGAGACAGACGGCAAAGAAGUCCGGGUGAGUGCGGAGAAGGCUAAGUUCGCGUCUGGUCAGCUGGUGAAGCCUAACCCUGAGUUAAGGCAUUUGGUAAGUAGCAUCUCCCUAAAACCGGCGUGAUUCAUCUGAGGAUGGUGCGCGAGUCUUCAAUGGGGAAAUGAGGGGCUUUGCGAUUAGGACUGUACAAGUUGAAUCUAAUCCAAGCUACACACGCGUUCCCGAUUACAUUGUCCUACAGCGUGUUUGCAGACUGGGGCCCUUAUCGUGCUCGCACUUAUCAGCAGGCAAGCGAAGGCGGAGAGAGUCACGCGUCGGCUAGCUCGAGCUUUGCGUGUACGGGUGGGAAUGUUGUUCGCCUAGACGACCAUAGGGGAAGCGGCGUCAAUACUCUGGAGCCUCGAACGUCGCAAUUCAAUUUGCCACUGAUUUGGUCAGGAGCUACGCACACAGCAUUCGACAUUUUUGUUAUGUUCAAAUUAGUAAGAGCAAUUUAGUCUGAUGAGCUACAGAGGGAUAGCUCUGACUGCUUAGCCAGCGGCAGAAGCAAGGGCUAGCCGCGAAUCUUACCGACGGCCGGGGGGUUCGGGGCGUUGUUAUCAGGGGGGGCAGCGUGAGUGGAUGGCUUCGACGUCGCAGGUGUGAGCGCGGGAGGCUUCGCGCGUGUCUGUGGAUGCAGCUUGGGGUAUCUGAUAGGACUGGCAAGGCCCUCGGUGCCGCUAAAUCUUGCGGGGGGCGGCUCUGCCAGGCAGUCAGGGGCAAGGGCAGGGGCGCGCCACUGCAGCGGACCCAAUGGAAGGGGGGGGAGAGAAUCACGCGGGGCCAAGGCUGAGCGAGGCUGGGAAGGUACGCAGUGGGCGCGCGGGGGCAGGGGCUUGCGGCGGCAGAAUGGGGCAAGCCAUACUACGGCAGCCAGAGCCGGCCCUCUCUGCCCCAGGCUGGCGGCGAGAUGGCGGCAGGCUAGCCCGCGGGCUACUUACUUAGGAUCUCCGAGGCAGCGAGAAGACGCGGCCACAGCAUACAAGCUGCCGCCCCGCUGGUUUCAUACUCAUCGCGCGGACGGGGCGAGACAGUCUGUCAGAGGCAGGCAGGCAGGCAGCACGCAGCGGCCCGCUUGGCAGCCUCGGCAGGUUGUUGCGGAUAGUCUGAAUGCCAUCAGGGGACUGCCGUCGCGGCGUCUUGGUCGGUGGUUCGGUUUGUCCGAAGCUGCGCGGCGACUUCUUGUCGGGUAGAUUGGCUUCGCCAUGGAGAUAGAAGAGGAAAAGCACCGGCGACCGCUGCACGCAGCCGGGCACGUAGUACCAAGAAGAGCCUCCAAGACUGCACGCAGGGGGGUAGCCAGUUACGCGAGCGGCCCACUUGCUUCGUUGCUUGAGCAUCGACGCCGCAGGCGUGGCGUCCUCAUCUACCAGAGCAGCGCUGGGAGCUUUCACCCAUGGCAGCCCACAGACGCCGGAGCGAGAAGACAGCGGAGGCGGAGAGGAGGGACCCACUUCCUGCGGCCAUCGAUCGCAGCGGAAGCAGGGGGCGGGCCAGGCACGCAGCCUGCCAGACUGGCAGACAUGCUGGCCCCCACCCCCCGCCACCCACGUGCGUAGGCAGAAUGCUCCCACCCCUGCAGCGGGGCUGUUGGGUGGCUUAUUUAUUGGCGACGGACUGAACGAAGUGCAAGGGGGACGCCCAGCAGGUUCGUGAAAUCAGUGAGAAGCAAGGGCAGGGCGCUCCUCGCUGAAACUAUGCGCACACUUGUGGCGGGGGCGGGUGGAAGUUAGUAGUCGCCCCCGGCGGAGGGGUGCCCGCCGUUGAAAAGAAGAGCGCACGCCCGCGGCGGCGUAGGUGGUCGCCGAUGGGACUGGGGUGGGCGGGGUUGCUGGUCGGCGCGUCGCAGGGGUUGCGUCCCACAGCAAAGAGCGACGCCCCUGGUGCUCAGGGGUUGCGCUCAGUAUUUUGAGAGCGUUGGCCCUUCGGGUUCGGGGUCUAGAGGUAGGGGGGGGCGCCCUUCGGUUAUUGUGUUUGCGUUUCUGUCUUCGGUGUUGGGUGAAGAGCUUGGGCGCGCCGUUUUGUUCGUCUUUGUUGAUUCUUGUGGAAUUAGUUCGCGGGGUGGUUGGAGUGCUUCGCUUCUUCUUGAGGAGUGUCAGCAUUAGCAGCGUAAGCCCGCGCUGUCAUUUUUGUUAGUUUGCUCUGCCAGUGGAGAGUGCGUAGGUGUGCUAUUAAAUAGGCUUGGCCAGUGCACUCCUUAGGCCCCAUCAAAAGGCUCACGGACAUGCCCUCGCUUCUUCUAAUAAGCAACUAGAGAUGCAGACGUCGGGGCGCGUGAUUGCAGAAAUCAAAAAGGCUAGCAGAGCAAAGCCUGUCCUGCUGUAUAGUAAUGCUGACAGUGCGGGCACGAUGGCGCGGCGUAACGUUUUGUGGACUGGUUUCCUUCGAAGCUCGAUAACGAUCCUGGACUUGGCGUUAAAGUUAUAAAAGAGAAGGGCAAUAAUUAGAAAUAGCUGGCACUUGCAAAAGAAGUAAGUGCCGGGAGCUGGGCCGCAUAGCACUGAGUAUAGAUUUGUUCAGAUUUGUUUUUCGCGUCUAAAUAAAGUGACUCGCAGCUUCUAGUCGGGGUGAGAAAUUUGGUUUCUGCGUGUCUAGUGCUUCUAAUAUGAUGCAUGCAGCACCAACUUUGCUUGUCGGGGAUAUCCGCUGCGGAGUCGUAUUUGCAUGCAAGGGGGCUAUUCGGCAGAAGUGACGAAGGAAGCAACCAACAGAAAGGAGAUAAGAGGCACCUGCAGCUGGGGACGAUGCUGUACACCCUGGCGCAGACUUAUCGGCUAUGACUCGUAAAGUUUAUCGGUUUUUAGGUAACACGGAUUGCCUGAAGAAAGUGAGGCCUCUUCUAAGCAAGUUGGGUUUGCGAUGUAUUUAGGGGCAUCCAUUUUUGUAGAGGCGCAACUGAGGGACAAGGAUUUGGAAAUAGUUUGCAUUUUUUACUGGUUGCAAUGGGGAGCGAAUUCUCUAAUUCUACGUCGGACGGCGGAUGUUCUGGGGCAGGUAGAUAAGUUACAAGUUGAAUACUGUCCCGCAGGAGAGGAAGAAAUCUGGUCAGCACGUGCAGAAAAGUACGCAAGGAUUCUGACGUUUCUGGAGCUAGAUUCGGCUGGUGGGGCAGUAGACUUCGAUGAAGAUUGGGGAUUGGUCUUUACCAAAACGGUAGAAGAGGUAGAGGGACGAGAAAAAGUAGUUGCGAAGUUCUAUAUCACAGGGGUGGCAAGGCUGCGAGAAGAUCGGGACGAGCAUCUGCCUAAAAUCAAAAGCGCGAUCCUCCACAUGCUGGAAAAAGUUUCAGUCAAGUACUUUGCGUUGCCGUCGUUCAACAGGUGGUUCAGUACAGAGGCGCUCAUGCAUUAUGGGAAGUUAGUACGUAGCUACGAGGUUUGAUGGCUGAUUUAUUAGCUUCCUUACGAAUGUCGAGCACUUUGCAUCUAGAGUCAUCGAGAGCCAUGCGCCCUUGGUCUUAUACAUAGCUGGAUACUUACAGAAGGAAAGCGAGUUGGUUGGAUAACAUCUAUUAACUUUGAUAAAAGUGACACUUCGCAACUUUCUUUGAAUCUUGCUAACGAAAACGUUUGCUGCUUUUGGAUUGUUUGGGCAUAACGUGGGUUUUUGUGUAUUUCGUACUGCCGCGGCGAUCUGGGGUCGAAGAAACUGAGCCGGAGAUAUGGGCCGGCACAUGUUGGAUCAACGCAUCCAAUUGGGACCGAUGCUGGAGGGCAGUGAAAUUGGUAACGUGGGACCUGCUGCUAAUAUGUAGCCAUUAUGGGACAGAUAAGAGCUCUUUACAGUAAAUUGCUUAGGAUGGCGGGCUGUAUCAAAAAAGUAAACUUCUCUCGUUUGAUUUUUGCAGGUAGCAAUGUGGUGGCAAUGAUCUUCAGUAUAGGGCUAGGGUGUAGUCGAUGGCAGGCACUGAAGCAGGAGCCCUCCAUCUUUUCGCUGCGUGUCUUCUUCUAACUGCAGCUUCUUCCAAGUAACGCGCGGAUGUACGCGGGGCAGUAUUUAGAAGCGUUCGAAAAGCAUCCGCAGACAGCAGAAGAGCUACUUCUAAGUGUCGAGCUAUAUCCUCUUGGGGUGGAAGUUUUUUCGUACUGGAGUGUAGAGCACGUUGUGCACGCAGAUGGAUGCGUUAUCAUCGGUCUCCUUCAUGCUUUCUUUGGGGGGUGGGAGCGGAUGCUAGUCGAAGGAGCUCGAUACCCCUUCUUGUUUCUGCCUCACGUGCAUUCUCGUGAAGCUUUUGAGGCAGCUCUGCAGGCUUUCAUGGAGGUACCAGAAGAGUCGGAUUUGCUAAGGAUCCAGGGCGGAUUCAAUACUAAGGUGCGGGAGCUCCUUAGAGAUGGCUCCCUCGAUAUCGAGUACUUCAGAAGCCUCCUGAUCUUGUGGAAAAAAACUUUGCUCCGAACUUCUAAUAGGAGUGAAAAUAACCACUCAAUUACUAGUAGAGUGGCUCGAAAAGCAGGCGGUCCUGCGUUACGGUCUACGAUUUGCACGGAUUUCGGAGCGGAAAUGAUGGCGAGGCAAGCUCGGCAGAAAAGACCGACUCCACGAGUAAACCGGCAAAAAAACGAGAGGUACAUCUCCGAGCGCAAUGCUUUUGUCGGUGCAGCUAUGGAAAUGCAGGGUGCAGCAGGAUCAAAAAAACAAGGAGUGGCGAAUUUUCGACGAGCGCAAAAACUCUGGAAAGAGUCAUCUGAAUUGCGGUUAGAGGGUGGAGAUGUGGCAUGGGUGACGCAGGUAAUGCAGCAAGAUGUUUAUAAGCGACGCAUGGACACUCUCAAAACAAACGUUGAGAUCACGGAGGACUAUUGCAGGCGCCUGCGAGAGUGGAAUAAGGACCCGGACGUGCAAGAGCGUAAGGCCCAGGCAGCGCGGUUUCAGCAUAUCCUAGAUGCAACUCAGGACAGACGAGCACCGUAUGCAUCUUUGCGGCAGCCGGUCGAUGAGCAGGAGGAAGAAGAGUGGAAGCCAGACCACUCUAAAUGCCUUCCAGGUGCUCACGAUGAUCAAGUGAUGGCGCCCUCGUUGGCAAUGCACAAACCAAGUGGCGACUUGUUGGCGAGAGCAGGGACGCAGCGGGCCCGAACGCGCGCCUCGUCGGAGCUCGAAGUAGCAAGGUUUCACGAUCCCGGAUCCCUCGACUUCUAUCGAAGUGCGGGCAACACCAUCUUUGCUAUCGUUGGAGCAACGAAGAAGCCGCUGGGGGCGAAUGCUCUCCAAGUGUCUGUCCUCGAGUUUGGCUCCAGUGCAGCCUUGGGGGAAGACGCAGAAGAGGUGGCUUGUGUGGAGAUUAAGCUAUCAGCGAUGCCAGUUCCAGUAACGCAGUUGCUACAAGACGAAGCAGGCGCAGCGCCAAUUAACAACGAAUUGUGGACGUUCACUGAUGUCGAGCACGUUUUGGGGACACUGCGUUUUUUCUUGGGAAAGGCAACGCGCUUUACGGAAGUGUUAGCCAUAAAAGGGAAAGCCUCAAAGGAGGAGGCUGAGGCGAAGGAUCAGGAAAACAUGGCUGCGGCGGCUAUAAAAGAUCCGGAGUUGGAGAAGCAGAUGAAGCACUGUAAAAAGGUGGAAAACAAUUUGGAAAAACUUCGUAAGUCUAGUAGUUCUGUUGUGGCAUGGCGGCAGCCAGCUGCCGACCUCAUCGCAGGGGAAAGCUCCAAAUCAAAUCAAGAGCCCCUCAGCAUCCUUCCAAACAAGGUGAAGGAGGGAGAUAUACCGAAUCUUUUAUCCUCUCAAGCGCGCAUCCUGGACGCUGCCGCUGAGCUAUCUCCUGAAGACAGCGCCGUCGAUAAGAUGCUGGACCUGUCUCGGCAGAUAGUCUUCGAGCAAUCUGCAGAGCGCGCACGGCGAAGAGCAACGCGACAAAGAAUUUUUAACAGGUAUUAUUCUUAUUCGAAGGCUUGCUGUCGGGUGGCCGAAUCAAUCUCGACCAGGGUGUCUACUGUGUUUUUGUCUCGCUUCUUUUGAGUUUUCUACUGAGUUUUAAUCUUCAGUUUUUCAUCUCACUUUUGUGGUGCCUCUUAUCUGAGAUAAUCUCUUUCUCGCUCACUCUCAGCGCGGGAAACCACAGCGAGCAUCAGUGGGCAAAUCCCCUAAAUGCGCUCAAUGAGGAAGAAUUGGGUGAGCAUCAGAAGCAGCUGCAAGCGAACCGGUUAGCCCUUCUUACCGACGAGUCUCUUUUGGAGUUUGCUCCGGGAUUUUCCGUGAGAGUUCGCGCUUACAACGAAGUGGUGCAGUGUAGUAUUAUGGCCAAGCUUUGUUUAUUAUGUAUAAAAAAAGAAUCUUAAUAUAAAUAUGUAGCUGACCCUAUUAAAUUCUGCGUGAGUACUUCAUUCUGUACUGUGCAGAGUCUAUGGCCUAUACUCAGUUUUUGGUAGGGGUUGUUGUACUUUGUUAGUUUCCCAGCUAAAGAUAAGGAAAUGGUUAACGUUAGGUCCUUUAUUAGAGUACACGCAGGCCAUGGGCUGGCUUUUGAUUCUAAUCAUUUGCCGCGCAAGGAGGGCUUUGCGGCAGAAAUGUUGAAAUUGGAGGGCCUCAACGCUACCAGACAGGUGAGCAUUCGCAGCUACGGCCUGAAAGGCGCGAGAGCCGUCUGCGCCAUUUGGUCUUGGAUGGUUUACUACCUGCACAGCAGUGGCGCCGAAGAGAAAAGUGCACAGGCGGAGGAGGAGGGUGAGCCAAGGAGUAAGGAAGACGAAGGCCGCGCAUAUGAGCAGCAUAACGAAGAAUACACUCGCAAAAUGGCGCUGCGAAUCGCAGCAGCCUGUCGAAUUAUACAAAGUGAGGACAACAAAAAAGAGGCAUCUAACUGGCAAGGAGCAGUGGCUCUAGUGCAAGGUCAAUCAUCUUUACCAAGAAAGUAUCGAUACCUCUCGCGAGCCGAUGAAGUAGAAGGUGCAGCGGCUGCUUCAUCAACAUCUUAAAAAACAAAAUUCGCGGUCAGGGAUACAAAUAAUUAAAUGGCAAAUAAAGGCCUCUAAAAAGGACAAGUCAUGCAAGAGAGAUAAGUAACGAAGAAGGAGUAUGAGUAAGGAUGUAAGAUAGAAGCAUAGGCGUGUGUAAUGAACUGCUUUUAAAGUAUGAUCCACAGCAAGCGGGACUGCACAAGCGAACCCCAGCUGAUCAAGGUCAAUCUAUGAGUUGUGGCCCAGCUGAUCACCCAGCUGAACAAGGUGAGCGCUAGGUAAGUAACCCAGCUGUUCACCCAGCUGUUGGAGAUGAGUCACGCAGCUGUCACCCAGCUGAUUAACCAGCUGUUGCGGGUGGGUCCGGCAGCUGCCACCCAGCUGAUUAACCAGCUGAUGGGAGUGACGCACCCAGCUGCCAACCAGCUGAUCAACCAGCUGUUCAACCAGCUGAUCAACCAGCUGAUAAACCAGCUGACCCCAGGUACUGGGUUUCCUGUAUGAAAACCCAUAGGAGGUUCCGUUGGUUGAUCAGCUGGUUGAUCAGCUGGUUGAUCAGCUGGUUGAUCAGCUGGUUGAUCAGCUGGGUGAGCCCUCCCCUCAGCUGGUUGACAGCUGGGUGUGUCACCUCCAUCAGCUGGUUGAUCAGCUGGUUGACAGCUGGGUGUCUCAUCUACAUCAGCUGGUUGAUCAGCUGGGUGACAGCUGGGUGAGUCACCUCCAUCUGCUGGGUGAUCAGCUGGGUUACUAACCUGACGCUCACCUUCUUCAGCUGGGUCACAGCUGGGUGACUAACCUAGCGCUCACCCUGCUCAGCUAGGUGAGGGCAGGCUGGCAGCUUUCCCUAUACCUGCCGAGUGACAGCUAGAUGCCUAAUAAGUCGUGAACUGUUUUUACCUGAGUAGCAAGCGCAAUCGUCCACUUGCUGACUUCCUGAGAAGUGUAGCUGAGCUGUGGUAGUGAUGUAGCCGUUAGAGGACAGCAGUCGUGAGGCAAUUCCAGUUGUUUGCACAGAGCAAAAUGACGUCUACAUAUUCUUGACGAUGAUAUACACAAGUGAAUACUUUCCUGAAGGAUCUACAGGUCUUGCAAAGAAUUAUUAUUAUUACGAUUAACAACGCUAAAUAGCCUCAGACUGAAGCAAUAAGAGCUGUAGACAAAAACACUGGUUCGUCGAAAUUGUAGGAUGUAUGCAAAUUUCGAGACUCACUCGCAC